AUGGCGCUGAAGGAGAUCAUCGAGAUUGUCUACUCCUGCCUCCCGGAUUUCCCGGUCACAACAACCGCCUCCCUCUCCGCCGCCUUCUCUUCCUCUACCGAAGGCGGCGGCGGCGGCGAGGACCGCAUCAGCGCGCUCCCCGACGACCUUCUGCGCAAAAUCGUCUCCCGCCUCCCCGUCAAGGACGCCGCCCGCACGGCCGCGCUCUCCCCUCGCUGGCGCGGCCUCUGGCGCUCGACGCCCCUCGUCCUCGACGAUGAGCACCUGCUGCCCUACGUGCCCGACUCUUCUGACGAGGACGAUGACCUCAUCGGGGACUGCACUAGUCUCCUCGUCUCCGCCAUCUCCGGCGUCCUCGCUUCCCACCCGGGGCCCUUCCACCGCGUCCACCUCGGCAUGAAUCCCCUGUGCCGUGAAUUGUACGCGGCCGAGGAGUGGCUCCGCCUCCUCGCCGCCAAGGGCGUGGAGAACCUCGCAUUCGUCAACCGCCCCUGGCCCCUCGAGGUUCCCCUACCGCUCUCCAUCUUUCUGUGCUCCUCGCUCCGCAGCCUCUACCUCGGCGUCUGGAAAUUCCCCAGCACCGCUGGUCUCCCACGCGGCCCCGACGUCUUCCCCCACCUCCAGGAGCUCCGACUGUGCCACACCGUCAUGGAGGAGCGUGACCUCCAGCACGUGCUUGCCUGCAGCCCCGAUCUACAGAUCCUCGCGCUCAUCGCCAGCAGCGGCUUCCUCUCCGGGCCCUCACGGGUCCGAAUCAGCAGCGACAGCGUCCGCUGCGUGCUGCUCUGGUCGUCCAUGGCCAACGAGCUCGCGCUUGUCCACGCCCCACGUCUGCAGCGACUCAUCCUUUACGCCGCUGGAAGUGGACGCACCAUGAAGGUGCAGAUUGGUUAUGCUCCUGAGCUCACCGUGCUCGGCUACUUGGAGACGGCCACACACGUGCUUGUGAUCGGCAACACCAUCAUGACGGCUGGGGAAACAAAUGUGAGUCCAAAUGCUAUGGUUCCAAGUGUCAAGCUGUUAGCGUUGAAGGUCAAUUUCAGAGUCGCCAAGGAAGUCAAGACAUUGCUCAGCUUCUUGAGAUGCUUUCCCCAAGUCCAGACGCUGCACGUUAUGGUCCUGAGCUUUGACCCUGUUUUCGUUUUUGACUGUAUAUCAUUUACCCUGUUCUCCUUCGAUUCUCUCAGAUCACAUUUUGCGGCAUCAUCCAUUGGCGGUGAAAGCCGCGGCGAAGACAACCCGCUCAAUCCCACAUUCUGGCGGGAGGUAGCUGCGAUCGAAUGUGUGGAGUCAUGUCUCAAGAAGCUGGUGCUGGAUGAGUUCAGCGGCGGUGCCAAUGAGCUUGGGUUCCUGGAGUUGGUCUUUGGAAGAGCGCAGGUGCUGCAGAAGGCGGUGGUGGUGCUGCCCGAUGCAGGGAAUGCUGCUAUGAUGGCGAAGGCCAUGGGCAAACUGGCGCUGCUGGGUUCCGCUGAGUGGGCGACCAAGGAGGAUUGUCCGUUGGUGGUGCUUGCACACUCAGAGCCUGGAGACCAUGUUUGGAGCUACAACAGAGCGUCUGAUCUUUCACUAAGCGACCCGUUCCUUGGUAACGCAAUGCAGUGA